ACGGUGCUCCCGGGGGUCCUGGUGUUCCCAGUGCCCCCGUGUUCCUAGGUCUUCUAGUGCUCAGAAUAUAAAGUGGGGAAAGAAUGGGGAAGAGGGGGAUGUCUGGAGUGAUGGUGUUUGUUGUCCCAAAUAACUGUAACAUGUGAUGGGGCCCUGCUCUCCUGGAAUAGCUGAACACCUGCUUGCCCAUGCGAAGUGAUGGCUUAAUUCCUUGCUUUGCUUUGCUUGUGUGUGUGGUCUUUGCUUUCCCUAUUAAUCUGUAUUAAUCUCAACCCAUGAGAUUUCCAGCUUUUACCAGUCCAAUUCUCUCCCUCAUCUUUCUGAUGGGGGAGUGGGCAAGCGGAUGGGUUGGGCUUGGUUCCUGUCCUUGUUUGUCACCCAGCAUGGGGCACUAAGGGUUGAGGUAAUAAUAGAGUGGCUUGGAAUCAAAUUUGAUCUCAGCAUUUGCUGUAUUAGGUCCAGAGCCACUGGUCACCAUGGUGCUUUGUCUGUUCCUGUGGGUAUGGUACCCAACCCUGGCUCUGUUCCUGUAUUCCUGUAUGCGCUUCUCGGGGUGACCUUUUACGGAGCAGGGACAAGGAUCGGCAUUUCUUUGUUGCUGUGCUGUGGGAGCGAUUGCCCUGGCCUUCCUCCCCUUCAUUGUCACCCUGCUGAUCCGGUACCGGCACUACCUGAUGCUACUGUACCGGGCAGUGCUGGUGGCCUGGCUGCGAGACCGGCUCACUGGCACCUCGCGGGAGCAGCGUGCCUUCCAAUACCUGCUGGCCCAUGCCAUCCCUGGGGACCCCCACCACAUCCUCCAGACCUUCGAUCAGUGGUGCUACCACUGUGAGCACCUCAGCUGUGUGGGGCCUGACAAAGGGCGGAUCGUGGAGCGGGUGCUGUUGGAGCGGGCACCACUGAGGGUGCUGGAGCUGGGCACGUACUGUGGCUACGGCACGGUGCUGCUGGCACAGGGGCUGCCCCCAGGCGCCCGCCUCUACACCAUCGAGGGUGACCCCCGACACGCUGCCGUGGCCGAGAAGGUCAUCCGCCUGGCCGGCUUCAGCGAGCAGAUGGUGGAGCUGAUCGUGGGCCCCUCGGAGGAGGUGAUACCCCGCCUGCGUGAGAAGCACGGCCUGAUGAAUGCCAACUUGGUCUUCAUGGAUCACUGGAAACGCAGCUACCUGCGGGAUCUACGGCUGCUGGAGAGCCACCAGCUGCUGGCUGAGGGGGCCACCAUCCUGGCUGAUAAUGUCCUCUUCCCUGGGGCACCCCAUUUCCUGCAGUACGCCAAGACCUGUGGCAAAUACCAUUGCAAGGUGCACCGCGCCAGCCUGGAGUACUUCCGCGCCAUUCCUGACGGUAUCGCUGAGCUCCGCUACACCAGUACCAACUGAGCGGGCAGCGGGCUGCUGCCUUGUACUGGCCACAGUUACCAUGGGAGUGCCAGGUGCCCAGCCCCCUGCCAUGGCUUCAACAUGGGCUCUGGAGGAAACGGAGUGGC